AUGAUGUCCAUGAACAGCAAGCAGCCAGCCUUCGGCAUGCAUCAUACCCUACCUGAGCACAAGUACACUUCUCUGCACUCCAGCUCGGAAGCAAUAAGGAGAGCCUGUCUACCAGCGCCGCCGUUGCAGAGCAAUAUCUUCGCCAGCUUAGAUGAAACUUUACUCGCCCGCGCCGAGGCUUUGGCAGCCGUGGAUAUCGCCGUGUCCCAGGGCAAGAGCCACCCGUUCAAGCCGGAUGCCACCUACCACACCAUGAACACGGUGCCAUGCACUUCUACCUCGGCCGUCGCCCUGCCGCACCCGUCCGCCCUGUCCUCGCACCCGCACGCUCACCACCACCACCACCACCACCAGCCUCACCAGCCGCUGGACCCGGGAGAGCUCAUCGACCACCUCAGCUCGUCCUCGCUGACCCUGGCCGGGGCCAUGGCGGUGGCUGGAGGAGGAGGAGGAGGAGGAGGAGGCGGCGGCGGGGACGGCGGCGGCGGGGGAGGCGGCGGCGGGGGCGGCGGCGGCGGCGUGGUGUCCACCUCGUCGCACCCCCACGCGGCUCACAUGCACAGCCUGGGCCACCUGAGUCACCACCACCACCACCAUCACCACCACCACCAUCCGCACCAGGCGGCCAUGAACAUGACCCCCCACCCUCACGGGCUGGUGGGCCACGGCGUGGCCUCGGGGAUCCCCUCGGUGAACGACGUGGACGCCGACCCGCGGGAGCUGGAAGCCUUCGCCGAGCGAUUCAAGCAGCGGCGGAUCAAGCUGGGGGUGACCCAGGCGGACGUGGGAGCGGCGCUGGCCAACCUGAAGAUCCCCGGGGUGGGCUCGCUCAGCCAGAGCACCAUCUGCAGGUUCGAGUCCUUGACUUUGUCCCACAACAACAUGAUCGCCCUCAAGCCCAUCCUCCAAGCCUGGCUGGAGGAGGCGGAGGGCGCGCACCGGGAAAAGAUGAACAAGCCCGACAUAUUCAACGGCGGCGAGAAGAAACGCAAACGGACGUCCAUCGCCGCCCCGGAGAAGCGAUCCCUGGAGGCUUACUUCGCCGUUCAGCCCCGGCCCUCGUCCGAAAAGAUCGCGGCGAUCGCCGAGAAACUGGAUCUGAAAAAGAACGUUGUGCGGGUUUGGUUUUGCAAUCAAAGACAGAAGCAGAAACGAAUGAAAUUUUCCGCCAAUCACUAG